GCCCCGAUGUUCUCCGCGGGGCUGUUCCUGGUCAACCUGCUGAUCCUCUACUACGCCUUCCUGCUGGAGUACAUCGCGCUCAACGUGGGCAUCGUCUUCCUGCCCGACGACGUGGACCAGGCGCUGGGGGAGCUCGGGCUCCUCUCCGACCCGGCGCUCGGCCUCUACCGGCUGGAGAGCGAGGGCGGAGAGCCCGUCGACGCCUACUGGGACUAGCGCCGGCCGGGGCUACGGGCGCCCGUCGGGGGAAGCCGGCCCGGCGGCUCCGGGCCCAAGGAGGCUUGCUGCCCGAGGGAGGAAAAAGGAAGGAUUCCAGAAAGGACACGUGGAUUCGGAAAGGCUGCCUGGAGCCUUCCAGGGCCCCCCCAGGGAAGCUGGACUGAGGAUGGGACUCUGCCAUCAUCCUGAGAUUCUGCAGGGAUUCAUUGGACCCAAGGGCGGGCUUUACCCAGAGAGCCUGGAGGGAUCCUGGUUUCUUGCCCUGAACACAAGGAUUUACUCCUCCUUUCCAAACUUCAAGGAGCAGGACUUGGUUCUUUUGUUUUUGGGGAGGUAAAGGCAUGUCGGGGGCCAGCCUGGGUACUCUUACACGGCGAUUUAUGGCUGUGAUGGGGUCACCAGGUUUUAAGGGGGCUGGGGGAAUAAGCUCCAAGACCCCGAGGUUGCUUGCAACAGCGCAUGUUCCCCAACACAGAACUGACCUUGCAUCACUGUGCAGAAAAUCCCCCAAUCAUGUUUUCCCUGUAGGACAGUAGAAUUAUAGCCCUCACAUUAUCCAUAUUAUCCGUAUCUGUGAGAGCUUUUAAAAAAAGACCUUCACUCCUCUUUAAUGAAAUGUUUUCCAACACGUGGGAAGGUUAUGUGACAUGAACGAAGCUUUCUCCCUGACGGGCUAGGUUUCCGGCUGCAGGGAGAGAGACAGGUGUGGAAAUACGGCGAAGGCAUCGAUUUGCACAGGAGUCCUUAAGUGUUAUUAGCUGCGAAGGCUCCGGUUUCUGCUCUUUCGGAGCGUGGAAACCUUGGCAGUCUCCAACCGGCAAUCUUAAUUUGCUGUGAGUAAUCAGGUUGCCCUUCUUAAAUGUUUUAUUUUUUUUAUUUUUGGGGAAUCCCCCCAAACCUUUGCAAUACCCAGAAAAGGUCUGCUUUUUAAAGAGUAAUAAUUUAAGAAGAAGAAAAAAGAACUGCAGGGAUGUUUCUGUCACUCCGUUACAGAGAAGAAUUGAUUUUGUAAGUAUUUUUAUAACUUGGGGGAAGGAAAGAAAAGCCUUGUCAAUGUCACGGCAAGUUAUUUUGGAAAACGUUCAAAUGCAUUGUUAUGUAAAACAGAAAAUGUAAAAAAAAAAAAAAGCAAUAUCUUGAUAACUGGACCUCUGGUAAAUACAGGUGUGUGCAGGUGACUACAA